CGCGGCGUUGGGUCUCGAGAAUCUCGGCGGUUUAUUACUCAAUAUAUAAUGCGAGAGCAGAGCGCGGAAAAUCACAGUCGACAAUUUCCACAGUAGGCGUGCCAUAACUGAAUACGAAACCCGAAAAAAGUCACAAAACACUAAAGAACAACUGAGAACCCGAUCGAUCGAUCGGUUUAUGGAAUCGAGUGAACCGUGAAGCGUCUGGGAAGUUAAUCGUGCGUAGAGUGUUCCAUCAGCAAUCUCCUUAUGGACUUCCUCGCAAAUAUCAUCAAGAAGCCCAAGAGCAUGGCCAGUGGCAAACAGCCAACGGCUAUGGAAGCCACAGAAGCUAUUAGCUCCGCGGAGGAACACCCUUCACUGGCGGUCAAUCAAGAAAAGCCAUCGCACUCCCAAGAUCUGGAUACUUUACUCGACUCUGCAUCGGAGGAUCUGCUGCUGUUGGAAAAACAGCACAGUGACCUAAUCCUAGGUGACCCCAUUGAAGACCCACUAGCAACCCCUUCAAGCACCAGUAGGGAUACCAUCCAGCAGCUUCUGAGCGAUAUCAAUUUGAAUCUAAACCAAGUCAGUGCGAAUGAAAUGGAGCACUUGCAGGCCAUGAGUGGCGAGCUUAGUCCGCUGGCGGUGAAGCCCACUCCCAAGCCAUCAACCAUGGAGCAGCAGAAGGCUCUGGCAGCUGCUCUGGGCCCCAAGCUGGAUGUGGCGGGCGCAGCUACGAAAUUCGGUGGUCUACCAGAGUUUGACGAGACACAGAUUCCGGAAUUAGCGCCCCUAAGCGAAAUGGAGGUUUUAUUUCCUCCGGCAGGCCCAAUGAAGUCAGACCAAUCUGACUCAGAUGUGUUUGUGGAAUGCCUGUCGCAUCAUAGCGAGAGGUACACGGCGGAUCGUUCCGAGCUGGAGGCCUAUUCCAGUGCUCUCAACGAUGUGUUGGAGUACCAAUUGUCUAUUACCUCGGCUGCCACGUUGGAGAACACAUUCGACGACCCGUUAGCUGUCAGCCGGCACAACCUCAGCUAUGAACCUAUGGAUGUGGAUGAUAUUAACGAGACCAUGGAGAUGCUAAAGGACGUCCUCGGUUCGGAAGAUCAUCAGUUGUUGCAGCAACAAUUUGUUGUUAGCGAAUGUCAGCCAAUUGUUGAUGUUAACCCAUUAUUAUCCAACGGCGAACAGAAAAGGGAGGAAGAAAAAAUGGACGAAUCAUUUGAGAUCCUGGAACAGUUGGAGAUCUAUCAAGAAUUUAAAACUAAAGGACAGGAACCUACCCCCAAAGUACCCGAGCCUGCGGCACAUCAAUCGGAGUUGACAUCAUCAGCUCUGGCAUCGGCACAAAAUGCUGAAGAUAAAAUUGAGAAGCCUGAACUAAAGCCAAAUUCGCUUCCCAGCCCGAAAGAUGAGGAGAAUCUGCAGGAAAAUCCGUCACCACAGUUGAUGGAACCGCAGAAGCUGGAGUCGAUCCAAUCGGCCGAUCAUCAAACCCAAGAGCCAAUUCAGCCCCAAAUACCGCAUUCAACGUUGCUUCUCCCAGAAUCUGAAGAACCUAAAAUAGAAUCUGCUGCCUUAGAACAAUCUACACUGAAACAGGAAACAAAACUGCCUGUUCCAGAGUCAGAGCCAGUCGAACCUAUAAAGUGCACAGAGUUAAAGCCUACAGAACCAGACUGUCCAGCAGCACCACCACUCUCUCCGCCCGUACCAACUCUUCAGGCCAAACGGCAGGAGUUACCGCUUUCUCCGCCAAUACCCACACAUCGUCCAAAGACUGCUGAGGAAUUAGAAUUCCUAGCCCUAAGGGAAUUGCCCCUACCUGAUGAUGAUAUUGAUGCAGAUGACCAGAAGGAUGUGAGGGAUAUAGUUCAACAUCACGUGCCAGUGGCAGUAAUCGCACCAGGUCAGCGGCGAUCUACAACUCCUUUGUCAUUGGAGCUAGUUGAAAGUUUCUCUACCAUUAGCAAAGGGAAAACCUCUGCACCAACAUCACCAAGCUUCCCGAUCAAAGGACCCGCAGAGCCCCCAUCUCACUUUCCUCGUUCUCCGCAUGCUCCACCCGAGCAGGAGGAGAUGACCUACUUAGAAGAAGCUGUUGUAGAACCUUCCUUAGAUCGCAAGCACAGUGUCUAUGAGGCAGGAGUGAUCGCCAAAUCACCAGUGGUCAUCCAGGUGACAGAACCCAGCCCACCGAAGCCAAAGAAUCUCAACGAAACUCUGCCCACGAACGAUGUUUCACCAACGCCUCUUAAUGGAACCUUCGACAGCGGCAGCAGGAUAGAUGCCACACCAGAGUUCGUGUCGGAGGGUACUCCCCUGGAGGGUUCCGCGACCUUCGAUGUACAGUUGGGAUCCAUCCCUGAGCAUCAGCGGCGCACAUUUUCGUUAGUUCCGUCUCCGGAGGAGGAGAAAGCGUCAUCCCGAAAGACCUUCAAUAUGGAAAAUGAUAAACCAAGACGCACCUUUUGCCUGGAGCAGAAUGCAUCGCCAGCAGUUGAGGCCACCGAGGAAUGCAUGGCUGGUGAGGACUUCGAAGCCAUGGAUGUCGAUGUCUCCAUGCGGGUGGAGGAGGCCACAGUUCUAAGAUCACCUCAGCAGCACCCACUGGCUGAGCCCUUCGUUUCAAACUCGCCGCCGAUUCCCACCCACCAGAAUCUAAGACGACCUCCCAUCCACGAUGAUGGUAAUUCUCCAGUGUCGCCUCUAGGGAAUUCCACCGUUGUAUUGGAGCAAGAGCAGAAGCUGUCCGCCAAGGAGCAGGCGCAUUUGAGUGCCGGUGACGAGAAGGAUGAUGUGUUUGUGGAGCACUUUGGUGCCAUAUCACCAGUCUCAGAUGACAUGUUCAAGACACCGCAGUUUACCACUAGCGGCUUUCACAAUCAAGCCAAGAUUAAGGCUAAUGCUGCCGCCGGAAGCGGUGGGGGCGCUGUUCCUAUGGUGGGCAGUACCAAACGUGGAGGAUCAGGCGAGGAGGACCAGUUUGAUUCCGAAUUCCAAGAUGGAGCCAGCAACCAAAAUCUAAUACUAAACUCAUCAGAUUUUGACUAUUUGUACACGAAAGGCAGCAAUAAUGCGCCCAUCGAUCGCAGUUCGCUGCUGCUAAAGUUCGAUCCGCUCCUAGGUGCCCCGGUUCCUGUGAAUCUGCCUCAGGAACAGGAGCAAGCGCUGCUGAAUAUCCGCGGGUUGAAUCAGAACCAGAACAACAGGGUCCUCAGUCCUACGUUGGAAGAGCUCGAGACGAGUGGAGGCAACAGCCAGUCGUUUGGAAUUGAAGUGAGUGCCAAAGAAACCGCCAAGAAGUUGGACUUUAAGCCGCCUGUGGAUAGGACCAAAAAGCAUGCUAAAAUGAGUGUGGACGUCAUUGAUAACGAUUGCAACAAAACCUUCGAUAAUUCCAACCUUAACAAGGAGGACAUGACCCACAACUACAAUAACAUGGAUGAAAUGGAGAAGAAGAUAAAAAAUGAAGUAACCCGAUCAGAGGAUAUUGAGAAGAAGCUUAAGGAGGCAGAGCAACGCGAGGAGGCGAGCAUAAAGCGUAUCACAGAAAAAGAUAAAGCAAUUGCAAAGCUUAAUGGCGUUAUCGAGGCGUAUGAGAAGGCCAUUGCCGAGCUGAUCAGUGAGAAGGAACAGCAAGCGCACGGCUAUGAGCGGCAGUUGCAGGAUGUACAGACAGACCGGGAUACCAAUUACCAUCACUUAACAUCGCUGGAAACCACAUUCUCCGAUCUGCAUGUGAAAUACGAGAAGAGCAAAGAGAUGACAACGCAACUUAAGCUCAACGAAGAGUCGCUGCAGGCGGAUCGAAAGCAGAUGAUGGACAAUCUGCGGAUGCAGGAACAGCGUUACGACAAGAUGAAGAGCCAUGCCAUGCAGCAGCUGGAAAUUGCCAACAAAAAGCUGGAUCACAUUACGAGGGAGCAUGCGGACGAGGUGAAAAAACUGAAAGCUUUACUCAAAAAGGAGGAAAUUUCGCGUGUCUCAAUGACGGAGCAGCUGCAACAGAAGACACGUGAAAACGCCGACCUGCUUAAGAUAUGCGAGGAGCUCAUCUACGGCAAGGGACAAGGUGGUAGUAGUUAAGCUCCGCCCGGAAUGUAUUUUGUACGCUGCUGUAAACGCGCACACACACCACACCCUCCAUAACAACACUCUCUCAUCCGGCAUGAGGAACACAUCUCGCUGCAUGUCCUUAGGUCUGUAACUUAUUCAUCAUCACCUCCAUCCGCAUUAGGCUCUGUUGUGUGCUCAGAACUAAGUGUGAAGUACAUAUGCUUAUUUGGUAUCAUUUCGUCAACUCCAAAUUGCACCCAUGAUGAAAUCGAAGUCGUAAUAACCCGACAUGCAUAUAUUAUACUAUUUCUAGACUUUUAGUUAUCCCGAAAAACACUCACUCACUCACACAAGUCACAGGCAGCGGGCAGACCCUUUUGAGUUCCGUUUGAGUUCCACACGCCUUACGGCUCAGGUGGCCCGGCACAUGUUACUAAUUCUCUAUCGUAUAUCGAAUCGGCCUACUGAUUUAUGUUCCAUGAUAUUAUCUGACGGUGAACUCGGGCCCUCUGUGGUUGAGCAAAUGCAGCCAGCGAAGCAAAUCGAUAAUGUGCAACGGCAGCGAAACCAGCAAGCAAAUGCUAACUAAAAAAUUAUAGAACAGCGUUCGCUAGAGGCGCGCCUUUGCUAAAUGUUUAAGUUUAAAUUUAGUUUAAUUUAAUAAUUGAAAAUUUGUAAUAGUCGUACUAAGAAUAAAAAUCUGUAUUACAUACUAGUACUAAAACAAGGAA